CUCUAUGGUCCCCAAUUAUGCAGAUUCUUAAAUGUCCUCACAUGUUUUCUAAAUAAAUGGAUGUAGAAGUUUUACAAUCAGAUGAAAAUUGUAAAAGUGAAGAGACGGAAGAGGAGUUUUUUGUUGCUGGGAUCAUAUCAGACGCAGUGAUCACACGUUCUUGUUCUCUUGACCUCAAAAACCGUAACCUAAAAGAAAUUCCUGAUAGAAUUUCUGACCUACCAAAUCUACAGGUUGGUAAUGAUUCACACAAGCUAACGAAACGUGAUGUAGAAAUUAUAUAUUUCGGAUAACUGUCUUAAAUCUAUAUCGCCAAACAUAUUGAGAGCUCUCAGUCAACUUCGUUGGCUAGACUUACGUGACAAUAGCUUAACAAGUAUUCCACCUGAAAUCAAACACCUAGAGGAACUUCAGACAUUACUUUUAGAUAAUAACAAAAUCAAAAUUCUCCCCCUUGAACUUGGUCUGUUAAAAAAAUUGUCCGUUUUACAUCACAGAAACAAUCCAAUUGAAUUUCCCCCUAAUGAAGUAUUGAGUAGGGGGACGAAACACAUUGUGAAGUUUUUACUUGAAUGUUACUUGGGCUUGAUGAAUACAGCAACUGACGAAGGCUCUAGUUCACUUAAAUAUAGUACAAAGAAUACUGAGAAUUUGAAAAAUGACAGCCAUAUCAAUGUUCUACAAACAGAGCAACUUGUUACGGACGGUAUCAACCAUAAUAACCCUGAAUUUACUGAUUUAAUAAAUUCUUUGAAUAGUGUAAACCUCAGAGAUAAACAAAUGCUUCACUCUGUGAGAGGCAUGCAUAAUUCCAUGGAUCUAAAUCACAGUAGUCCGAUUUUUCCUAGACUCGAGCGAUCCUAUUCUGCUGAUGUCUUAUUUUUUGGUAUUUUACAAAAUGAAAGCACUAGUCAAAAAUCAGAUGAGUCAAAGAAGAUAAAAAAUUCCAAUCAGGUUAUCGGACGGUCAGAAUUAUUAAGUGUCUUGGGAAGCAUAAGAAAUGCAGAUAAUGAUUCAGUUCAAUACUACGGACAGAAAAUUAAUGGCUCAUCCUACUCACGGGUUUCCAGUAAAUCAAAAAUUUACAAAAGAAUUCAAAGUAAUUAUUUAAAGUCUAAACGUUACACGUCAAAGUUAGAUAAUUCAUUGUUAAGUAAACUACCUAGUCAAACUAGCCGGCAUAAAGCUUUUUUGUUGGAAGACCCACCACAACCGACUUUAGAAAAAAUACGUCUGAUUUAUAAGCGAGAACAAAAACGAAAAGCUCGUAAGGAGUUCAUGUUGAAGCAGGCAUCACAGAUACAGCGCAUGAAAAACGCUAGUUGUAUUUCAGACUGGCGUGAUGAUUAUACCUUAUAUCAAAAGACAAAACUGUAUGAAUAUUUAAAGAAAACAUAUGAGGAAAUAAAAGAAGGUAACUCGAUUGUCAAAAUUUAUGGUGAUGGAAAUAAUUGUGCUUUUGUAAACUGCUUGAUAAUAUUGGUGCAAAUGGAAGUUUCUUAACUUUGUUAUAAUAAUAUAUGGAUUUGAUAUAUUAUUCGAGAUUACAAUAUGACUUGAAUGAGUAAUUGAAAAGUUCUCAUCCAAAACAAUGUCUUAUGCUAUACUUAAUUGCCGAAAUUUCAAUGGUUGGGUAUUUUGUUUGUAUAGAGAUGGACUUGCCAAGUUUAUACGAAUGCAUUUGGAUUUAAUGAUCGAAUGGCUAGAUCUCUUAUUUUUGACGCAGUCAUGAAACAGAGCGAUUUUAAAAGCUGAUCAAAGAAUUGUCAGUGGACCGCUUGAUGCAAACAAAGACCAUUUAAAGAUGGUCGACAGUAGUGAAUUGAACAGCUUACGUAAACAACCUAUUAAAAAAGGACGUCCUGCUAAUUUAGAUUCAGCUACUGUGCUGCAAUUGGAAUUAGAAAGUUUUGAGAGAGAUGCUUGUUUAACAAAACGAGUUCACGAACACGCAAAAGAAAUGCUGGAACGUUUUAAACUUCCGGUUAUUCCAACUCAUGACGCUAUUAGAUCAGAAUUGUUAACUGCCAAGAAAAGUAUGGAUGAAGCUAUUCGAUUACACAGACGUGUACAACAAAGACUCGAGACAUUAGGAUACUUUCAUGGUUCGAAUCGACGAGAUUUAUGGUGAUCAAUUAACUUGACAAUAAAUAUUCUUCUUUUCUUACUCAUUUCUCCUUUUUCCAUAAAGGUUACAAAUGUGCUAAUCAAUUUUUGUUUAUUAAUAGUUUACUAAGUAAUAAACGGUAUUUCUCUUAAAGCUUUCUUCAAAAAAAGAUACUUUCCUAAUAUAUCAAAUCACUUCAUAUGGUUUUGUUUACAUUUGUAUAGAUCAUUUUCGUAUCUAGCUAGUGUUUAUUCUUUUUAUUUGUUAACUCGUCCA